AAAAUCCCUCAAACUAUUUAUCAGCAGAAAUCAAAAAUAUGGCGGGUGCUAGUGUUGUUUUAGGAAUCUGGGAUUCCUUCCAAUAUCAAAGUUAUAAAAUCGAAAAUGUCGAUUUGGACAACAAAGUCGAACUCCUAAAGAAUGAAGCAGUCAAAAAAUUAAACACCGCAAAAGUGUCAUUCGAUUUGGUCUAUUGUGGCCUUGUUUUGGAAGAAGAGAACACUUUAUCCUCGUAUGGGGUAAAGCCGGGGGUGACAAUACACAUCGUAAAAAAGAAUGCACCUCCUAGCGCCCCCAGAGGCAGAGCUUUGACUGAGACAGAAGUCCAACAACUUGUGGUUGCAUUUCGGGCUUUUACUUUAUCAUCCGGAUAUCGCGCCGCUUUACAAAGAUUGUCUCGUCCCGAAGUAUUGGAAACAAUAAUCGCAGCAACGCCAGGCCUUGCUGAUGACCCUGCAGCCAUUGCAAUCAUCCAAGACCCUGAAUUAAUAGUGCACAUGGCAGACCCUGACACUGUUAGGAGGGUAGCAGACAAACACCCUUCUUUGAUUGAAGCAGCAAAUUACAUUGCUGCUCAUAUCCACGAAGAGCAAGCAAAUGCUGACUCCUCGCAAGCUGGCACAAGCACUGGUUAUUCGUACUCGCUUGAGGCACUGUCAGACGACGAAGAAAUGGAUACCUCAAUAAGAGAACCGCAUCCUUUGACUAGAAAUACUAGUUACAAUGCUAUAACAGCAGCACAAUUGGCUGCAGCUAUCGCAAACGCUACCAACACUGCUUUCAACACCAACAGUGCCGGAAUGCCUUCAACACCGAGCUCGUCGAACGUUAUCACAAACGAGAUGUUUAGUAACGCUAUUCAACAAGCUGUGGGGUCUCUGGGCGGUUUGGGCGCUGCCAACCCGCCAAAUAGAGGGGAAGAAGAAAGUUUGGAAACUAUCACGAGAAGGUUACAACCCCAAUUGCAACAAAUGCACGAGAUUGGAUUAAGGAACGAUUCGGUUAAUAUUAGGGCACUUCAGGCGACUUCAGGGGACGUUGAAGCGGCCAUUGACUUGGUUUUCAACGGUGCUAUUGAUUAAUUUGUUGUGAUAUUUAUUUGUACGAAAUAAAACGUAAUAAUUCCUCAAAUUCGUUUAUUGAACUUAAUUUAUGUAACAAAUUACUUGAGAGGAAUGAACCUAGAGCUGUGAGUGGCACCAAUACCUGGCCUGCCGUGCUUCACAGGUUUGUAAGUGAGGGAGAAUUCGCCAAGGUAGUGUCCAAUCAUUUCAGGUUUAAUUUCAACCUGAGUGAAGGCUUUGCCGUUGUAAACACCAACAAUAGAACCGACCAUUUCCGGGACGAUGAUCAUGUUGCGCAAAUGUGUCUUGACAAUUUCGGGCUUUUCUAGUGGAGGAGCUUCUUUUUUAGCCUUGCGGAGUUUUUUGACCAGAGCCAUUGGUUUGCGCUUAAGGCCGCGGCUGAAACGCCGCCGGGCG